CUCACGCUCAGUACUAUCAAAAUCAUUCUGUUUGAGGAAAUCCUGCAAUGGAAUGCUUCAGUAUCUACAAUGGAGAAGCGGGUAAAAGUCUAAAUUAGUUUCCUAAAAUCCUUGGAAUGCAUAUAGAUCAGGGGCAGACUGACCAUUUGGAAACUCGGGCACUGCCCGAGGGGCCGGGAUGCCCCUGGUACCUUUUUCAUAGGCUUUUUUUGAGCAAGGACACAGGGGCCCCAUGUGUCCCUAUUGCCCGGGGGCCGCAUGAGUUGUCAGCCCCA